AGGCUUAAGAAUAUAGAUUAUAGAAAGCGCAAAUGGCAUUGCGUCACUUACGAGUCCUCCCUCACCCACUCACUAACUUCACUCCUAAACUCUCCCCAAACCGUCCCAAACACCGCGUUUGCUUUUCACUCUCCGCUUCCCCAAUAAUGGCUUCCAUCUCUCGAAAGGUAUUAGUUCCGAUUGCCGAUGGCACCGAGCCUAUGGAAGCCGUCAUCACCGUCGACGUGCUACGGCGCUCCGGUGCAGACGUCACCGUUGCAUCCGCCGGAAAUCAGCUCACCGUUCAAGCUCUCCACGGCGUUAAGAUCGUAGCUGACGCUGUCGUCUCCGAUGUUGCUGACACCACCUUCGACCUCGUCGCUCUACCAGGAGGUGUUCCAGGCGUUGAUAAUCUUAGAGAAUGUGGAGUUCUGGAAAAGUUGGUGAAAAAGCAUGUUGAGGAUGGACGACUUUAUGCUGCAGUGUGUGCUGCUCCUGCUGCAGUACUUGGUCCAUGGGGCUUGCUGAAGGGGGUGAAGGCAACUUGUUAUCCCGCAUUUAUGGAAAAAUUGGCAUCUUACACGACAACUGUUGAGUCAAGGGUGCAACUGGAUGGCAAAGUUGUGACUAGUCGUGCACCGGGCACGACCAUGGAGUUUGGGGUUGCGCUGGUUGAGCAAUUAUAUGGAAAACAGAAAGCUGAUGAAGUUGCUGGUCCAUUGGUCAUGCGUUCUAAUCACAGUGAUGAAUAUGUUUUUGCGGAGCUAAACCCUGUGCAAUGGACAACUGAAAAUCCUCCCAAGAUUCUUGUACCAAUUGCUAAUGGCUCAGAGGAAAUGGAAGCUGUGAUCAUCAUUGAUAUACUGCGUAGAGCAAAGGCAAAUGUUGUGGUAGCUUCUCUUGAGGACAAACUAGAGAUUGUUGCAUCACGUAACGUCAAACUGGAGGCAGAUAUGCUCCUUGAUGAGGCAGCUAAACUUUCAUAUGACCUUAUUGUAUUGCCAGGUGGACUUGGUGGUGCUCAAACUUUUGCAAAGUCAGAAACCUUGGUGAGCUUACUGAAAAAGCAGAGGGAAAACAGAUAUUAUGGAGCAAUUUGUGCAUCCCCAGCCUUGGUCUUGGAGCCUCAUGGCUUACUAAAGGGGAAAAAAGCCACGGCAUUUCCUGCCUUGUGCAACAAGUUAUCAGAUCCGAGUGAAGCCGAAAACAGGGUUGUAGUUGAUGGCAAUCUUGUUACCAGCAGAGGCCCAGGGACUUCUAUAGAAUUCGCAUUAGCUAUUGUGGAGAAGCUUUUUGGACGCAAGCUAGGACUAGAACUUGCAAAGACCAUAGUGUUUACAAGCCCAUAGAUAGUGUAUUUAAAUUACUGUGCUGAUGUACUAGAGGUUUGUGUAUGAAUAAUCAAUAAUGUGAGUCAUAUCUGAACCCUGAGUGAGGUAUAAAACUAUAAAUAACACGGUGAGAAAUGGUUUUGUUAAUAA